AUGUGUUACCACUUGGUUAUGGACAAAGAUGUCUAUAUCAUAAACGUGACAUGGUCUGACUUGACUUCCCAGAUCAUCUACAGAAGAUACAGCAAGUUCUUUGACUUGCAGAUGCAGCUGCUGGACAAGUUCCCCAUUGAAGGCGGCCAGAAAGACCCCAAGCAAAGAAUCAUCCCUUUCCUACCAGGCAAGAUCCUGUUCCGGAGGAGCCAUGUUCGGGAUGUGGCAGUGAAGAGGCUGAAGCCCAUUGACGAGUACUGCCGGGCGCUGGUUAGGCUUCCUCCUCACAUUUCCCAGUGCGAUGAAGUCUUCAGGUUCUUCGAGGCUCGCCCGGAAGACCUUAACCCUCCCAAAGAGGAUUAUGGAUCUUCGAAGAGGAAAUCAGGUAAGAUGCCCAGUUUUCUAU